UUUUUGUCUCCCCCGAUCUCCGCCUGGAGUGUCUUGGCAAAUCAAUUCACCGACCAUUGGCACCGUCAUAUCUACUCGGAGUUACUACCGACGGAAUGUCUCAUUCUUCCCCCAACCUCAACCCUUCCCAGGAUGUUUCCCCCGCAGAGCGAGCUGUCUCUGUCCCUAAUAAGGAACGGUCCGCUCCUGAUCCUACGAGCGAAAACUGGCUGAAGCGCAGCGUCGAUUCGUUGGAAGCAAGUGAUCCCAAAAGACCAAAGCCUUCGAUCAAGGGUAAAGAAAAGGAGAUUGAAAGUGAGCGCCCAAGGGUUACGAUCAACUGGAAGAAUGAUUUGGGUCAUAAUGCCCGCACGGCAGAGCAGAUAUUAAUAGCAUGGAUGUCAGUUCCCGAGAAUUGGGAGGCUUGGAGGUCAGCUCAAUAUGAUCGAAGACUCAACUACUUUGCAGAUGUUAUCAUACGACAGAAAUUAAUCGAAGCUGGCACGAGGGGUGAUGAGCGAUCGUCCGGCGCAAUCCUUGCAAAGAUUGAGAAGACGUAUCAUGAUUUCAAGGCGGCAUAUGGCGUAGCGGAGCGAGGCGACAACACUCUUACCCCUGAAGAAAUUGAGAGGGGUAUCACCGACAUUCAAGGGGCCAUUCUUUGGCAUUGUAAAUAUUACUACGAGCUUUUCCCUGCUCUCUCAAGCACCGUAAAAGAAGGUAACGCUCAAGCCUCCGACCCAGUUUCCCUUCUUAAUUCUACCGAAUGUCCUUCCGUCACAGAGGCCAUUGGCCUUGAGGAGAAUUCUGAUGCUGCGCCAUUGUCAUCAUCUGCUUUUGCCAUUCACAAAUCCAAUCCUAAUUCUGUUCCCAUUACAAUACGCGGGAUGCGCACGAGCAGUGGCACCCCUGUCGGCCCUUCUUCUCGCCCGCAUAGGCAAAGCUUACCUCCGCAUUUCGCUCCUCCCCGCAAUUCUGGAGCUGGUCCUUCUCGCCCCACCCAUAUCACCCAGCUUGCCCCUCCUCCACAUGUAUUACCUCCAUCCUCUUCAUCCCAUCCUUCAGACGCCCAGCACUGGCGACUAGAAUUGGAGUCGCGAAAAAUUACCUUGGAAGAAGCCAGGUUGAAGAUGGAACGAGAGGAACUUGAAAGAAGGUUCAAAUGGGAACGUGACCUGGAGCUUCGAAAACUCGCGUUGGAGGAAAAAAAGCUCAAGUUUGAGCAAGCGGACCGGGACAGAAGUUACGAAAUCCAGCGUCGAACUGUUCAAGCCAAGAUGACCUAUCAGAUACUGGAGACUUUGGAGAAGCUACAAAAACUGGGACUCGAGGAUUGGAAGCUCGUAAAACAUCUUCUCUUCUUUGAUAAAGAGAUCAAAGAACUUUGGCAUGGAGAAAGCGAGGAAGAGAUGGAUGAUGUCUUGUCAGAAGACAAUGCUGGCAGUUAUGAACCAAGUGUCGGACAAAGUGAUGAAUAGCAAGUUGUGUCCGUGGCCGUUAUCCUUCUAAACUCGUACCAAACAUUCCGUUGACAUUCUGUUGGAUGUCAUAAACUACAUUGUUUUCCCCCUUCGCCUGAUUUCCCUUCGUUCAUCGCGGCGUUCAGAUCCCCGAUCCAAACAACUUCACCUACUUAUGGCAUCUGGCAUGCAACGUCGGGGUAAUAUUUCACUUCAGACAUAAUGUAUCUAGCUAUUCUAGCACUUCCUAUGCUUGGGUCAGCUGUUGCUGGUCAACAAGGCUGAAUAUAGUACUGUUUGCUGUGCAAAGAAUCCCAUUAGUGGUGGCAACACUUAUUAUUAUUCCACUUCUAGGAGGAUUGCACUACUACCUAUCAAUGAUACAACAGCAGUUGGAGCUGAUCGGUAGCUGGUCCUACAAGAGCCUUUAUUUGCCGAAGAAGAUACACCCAAUAAAAACACUUACUUUGGCAACGUACUUGAAGUUCACACUUCGUCGCUAUGAUGACAGGGUUGGUUGUCGUACCGGGUAUCAUCUGCUCCAGUACUUUCAAAAAUUGCACAACCCUAAUACUAUCCAAUGCGGUGCGCGGUGAGCAUUAUCGGUUCUGCUAAAAUAUGGUCAUGUACCAUUCUCUCCAUCAUAUUUUGGAGCUGCUUGAUGCUCGAUGAGGCUUCCGGUGAAUACGGUAUCCGGCGAGAUUUACGUUUGUGUAUUAUUAGUAACGAUGAUAUCAAGCAGGAACGGUC